CCCAGCUUCCCUUUCCAAGUUCCCCAUCCAUCCCCCCGUCCUCCUCGCGCAUCACAACAAACACGCUCUUCUCCGCUUCUGGAACUCUCAUCCGGUCAUCCCGUCCGCAUCGCCCAUGGCCUCCGCCCUCGCCAUCGCCGUCCCCGCGACCUGCUCUCCCCUCGUUGCCAGCUUGCGCGCGCGGCGCUUCCACGCGCUCCCGUCCACCCGCGCCCCGCGAUCCCCGGCCCUCCGCGCUGUCACCGACCUCGCCGGGAACCGCCGGGGCGUUGGCCGUGGCGCGUCGGUCGUGUGCGCGGUCCAGGGCCAGGACACCUCCAUCCAAGUUCCUGAUGUCACGAAAGGGACAUGGCAAUCGCUUGUUAUGGAGAGUGAGCUUCCUGUCCUUGUUGAGUUCUGGGCUUCAUGGUGUGGACCAUGCAAAAUUAUUGAUCCAGUUGUUGGCAAGCUCUCAAAGGAAUAUGAAGGGAAGUUGAAAUGCUACAAGCUCAACACCGAUGAGAAUCCAGACAUAGCAAGUCAGUAUGGCGUCCGGAGCAUACCAACCAUGAUGAUAUUCAAGAAUGGUGAGAAAAAAGAUUCGGUGAUCGGAGCAGUGCCUGAAAGUACGCUGAUCUCAUGCAUCGAGAAAUUUGCUGAGAGGUAAAAUGCAGAAGAGACCUCCUGGACACGGUUUACUUAGCAUUCCACGUCCUAUGGUCAGAUCAUCGAAAACUUGACGUCAUCUGCACAAUCUUUCUAUACCCACGUGUAGAUAAUAUUGGAAAUUAACCUUCUGUGUAUCAUCAAUAAAUGAAUGAGGAAGUCUUGUGAUGAAAUUACCAAGGAAGCCUGAUUCCAUCUUUUCAUUCUUUUGGGCUGUAGAUAUAUAUGACAGGACUGUUAAUAGUCAUAUUCUAUACACUCAUAUGUGAUCCUUUACCACAUAACCUCAGUUCGUGCUUGAGUA